AUGAGCACAGACAAUGGAACUGUCCCCCAGGAAUUUCUCCUAUUGGGCUUUCCAGGAUCCCAGACCCUUCAGUUCUCUCUCUUCCUGCUUUUUCUGGUGAUGUACAUCCUCACAGUUGGUGGUAACGUUGCUAUCUUGAUGUUGGUUGGUACUUCCCACCAGCUCCACACCCCCAUGUAUUUCUUUCUGAGUAACCUCUCUUUCCUGGAGAUUUGGUAUACCACAGCUGCUGUCCCCAAAGCUCUGGCCAUCCUCCUGGGAAGAAGUCAGACCAUAUCAUUCACUGGCUGCCUCGUGCAGAUGUACCUUGUUUUCUCCCUGGGCUGCACAGAAUACUUCCUGUUGGCAGCCAUGGCGUAUGACCGCUAUCUUGCCAUCUGCUAUCCUCUACACUAUGGCGCCAUCAUGAGCAGCCUGCUGUCAGCACAGUUGGCUCUGGGCUCUUGGAUCUGUGGCUUCCUGGCUAUUGCAGUGCCCACUGCCCUCAUCAGUGGCCUCUCUUUCUGUGGCCCGCGUGCCAUCAAUCACUUCUUCUGUGACAUUGCCCCCUGGAUUGCCCUUGCCUGUACCAGUACACAAGCAGUGGAACUUGUGUCCUUUGUGAUUGCUUUUGUGGUCAUCCUAAGUUCCUGCCUCAUCACCCUGGUCUCCUACAUCUUCAUCAUUAGAACCAUCCUUAGAAUCCCUUCAGCCACUGGCCGUAGCAAAGCCUUCUCCACGUGCUCAUCUCAUCUAACAGUGGUGCUCAUCUGGUAUGGAUCUACCAUUUUCCUUCAUGUCCGAACCUCCAUCAAAGACGCUUUGGAUCUUACUAAGGCUGUUCAUGUACUGAACACUGUGGUCACUCCAGUUCUCAACCCUUUCAUCUAUACACUUCGUAACAAGGAAGUAAGGGAAACGUUGGUAAAAAAAUGGAAGAGAUUGCAUUAA